AUGGGAGAACCAGAAAGAGCCAUAGGUUCCAGGCAAAAUGAGAUACCAGCAUCGCCUAGUCCCGUUCACGACGCAAGCUUCUCAGAGAAGCAGGAUGUCGACUUUAAUGCCAAUCCGAGCCCCGAGAUGUUUGUCGUCCCAACUGAUGAUCCCCUGCCCGAGCAUGAAAGGGGUGGUGAUGAGGAGUCCGGCCGUGCAGUGACCCUCUUAGAAGAUGAUACAUACCCAGAAGGAGGGCUAGAGGCAUGGCUCGUAGUGCUUGGCUCAUGGUGCGGCCUCGUUGCCGCUUUAGGGAUCCUGAACACUAUCGGAACCUUUCAGACAUAUGUAUCGACGCACCAGCUUUCAGAUUAUAGUGAAGGCACAGUGGGUUGGAUCUUUAGUCUAUACACGGCCUUGACCUUCUUCUGCGGCAUCUAUAUUGGGCCGCUGUUCGAUAAAUACGGCCCUCGAUGGCUCAUCGGCCCCGGCAGCGUCGCCGUCGUAGCGAGUAUAAUGAUCACGAGCGUGUGUACCGAGUACUGGCAUUUCAUCCUUACCUUCGGUCUUCUGAAUGGAAUAGGAACCUCGCUGCUCUUUACUCCUAGCAUUGCGGCUAUAGGGCAUUUCUUCCGCGCCCGCCGCGGAUUUGCCUCCGGCAUAGCCAGCACCGGAGGCGGCCUCGGCGGCGUUGUAUUCCCAUUGAUGUUACAAAUCCUGUUUGACCGCUUGGGAUGGGGUUGGUCUAUCCGGAUCCUUGGCUUUAUCUGUCUAGGGCUCCUCAUCAUUUCAAACGUCUUGUUGAAGAAGCGACUCCCCGCGCCGAAAAAUAUCAGUCCCCAUCCUGAUUUCCGUAUCUUCAAGGACAAGGCCUUUCUACUUCUAACUAUCGGGAUAUUCUUUCUUGAGUUUGGGCUCUUUAUUCCAGUUACAUAUAUCUCGAGUUACGCCCUUGCCAGUGGCUUCGACGAAGCGUUCGCUUUCCAGUUAUUGCCGAUAUUGAACGGGGCCUCCGUAGUCGGUCGGGCCAUUCCCGGAUACUACAGUGACAAGAUCGGUCCGUUCAACUCGAACAUGCUCUCCGUCGGCAUCACCAUAUUUGCUUGCUACGUCGUGUGGCUACCAUUUGGCAAGACGACGCCAGGCAUUGUGAUAUUCGCCGCCCUCUUCGGCUUCUCCACGGGUAACAACAUCUCCAUUACCCCCGUUUGUGUGAGCAAGCUUUGUCACAUCCAGAACUACGGCAGGUACUACGCUACGUGCUAUACCAUCGUGUCCGUGGCUUGUCUUAUAGGGAUUCCGAUUGCGGGCAGCAUCGUCGCGGCCACGAACGGCGAAUACUGGUCCUUGAUCAUUCUAACGGGACUUACCCAGGUCUUGGCGUUUAUCGCCAUCUACGCAGCCAAGGUUGUAAGUAUCGGCUGGAAUCCUUGGACUAUAUUCUAG